AGUAAGGAACGCACGUGUACACUCGUAUCAGAAUGAAUAAGUGUUAAACAAAUUAAAAACGUAGAAAGAUUUAUUUUAAUUUAUAAAGUUCAGUGUAAUUGGAAAGUGUAAAAUGUCAGUUUUGUUAAAAAAUGUUAUCAAUUGCAUUUGGCAUGCGUUCGAUUCUUUGCAAAAUAAGGAUUUGGUGCACAAAUCGAAGUUAAAGGUACUGACUGCGAACAUUGGCACUCUUCUCGACUUGUAUGGAGUGGAGAAAGGGCUGGACCACUUCAAGUCUUCUCAAGAGCUGAGUUUCGACGAGUUCCGCUACUAUCUGCAGCAUGAGGUGUUCAGCUCCUUGCCAAAAACUGUCACGCUGCCCGUCAUCAGGGAGUAUGAGAAGAAAAUCAGCGAAGUGUGCUGGCUAGUCUGUCGAAAAAGCCUAAUCUCUCGUGACAAACCCAUCUUUGAUGAUGAAUCCGUGUUCAAGCUGUUCAGGAUAUACUGCCUCCUUGCUGACCUGGUGCAGGAUGCAGACGAGCCUGCCCAUUACGUGGUUGUCCUCCAACCUUCAGAAGCGGGUAUAGUAGCUGAGCAAUUAGUACUAUGCCUUGGACUACGAUGGGACACCGGUGACUGGGAAGCCCUGGGCAGUUCCAUCGGUCAGUUCAAGUGGGCAGCUUUUUUGGCGGUUCUAGAAGCCAAGUAUUGCGAUCAGCAACUACACUCGAAAGCAUUGGUGGAGGCGGUCGAUGAAAUCUAUGACGUGUUUAUUGAGGAUAUUAUAAAGAAGGGCUAUCUCUACAAACGAGGGUAUCUCCUUCCGACCAUGCGUGAGUAUUGGUGCGUGCUUCAGCCGUGUGCCCUGACAUACUACAAGAGUUCUUCUCAAAAGGAACAGUGUGGUCGAAUAGCCAUAGACGAGUACUGCUCUGUAGAAGCUUCCGCUGGCGAAGGAAGAAUCCAGAAGUUCCAGGUCAUCACGCCUGAGAGGACCUAUGAGUUUGGCACUCAGGACCAUAAGAGUCGCCUGCAGUGGAUAUCAGCGGUGCGGCAAGCCACAGCCCUCUCGGGAGGAGUGGAGAGUUUUCAGAGAAGGGCCAGGGCUUACAGACGCGGGGCGGGGGCGCGGCGGGAACAAGAAGUGCGGGAGGCCAGGAUGCGGCUGCAGCACGAGGUGCGCGCGCGGCUGGCUGCAGAGGCUCAAGCUCAGGAAUUAGCAGAGAUGGCACAGCAAGACAAUAAGAAGCUCGAAGAAUUAAAGACUACCCAAACCGAAUUAGAGAAACUUCUUCAAGAGGAGAUCCAAGCUAAACGAGAUGAGGAAAUAGUGCGUGCUUUGCAGGCCAGAGUAUUAGCAGAAGAAUGGGAAAGAAGGGAAGAAUUAGAAAGGCUUCAAGAAGAACAACAUAAAAUGUUAGAAGAAGAGAGGCUUAAACGGAAGAAAUUCGAAAUGCUACAGGCUGAAAAGGAGACACAAUUCAGAGAAGCAGAAAAACGUCUCAAAGAACUAGAAUUAGAGAAGCAGCGACUAGAUGAGCAGUUAAAGGCGGCGCAGGAGAAGAUAUCAAAAACUGAACUAACAGCUCAAGCAUUACACGUCCACCUUAGGGAUAUGGGCCCAGGAUUUCGGAACGGCGAGCGUGCUCGUCGAGCUAUAUCGUUUGUACCAACCACCAAGAGUUCUUCCGACACCCUCAUAGAUGUCAGAGCAGUGCGACAUCUCAAAGUGAUAUCACAGGACCAGAAAUUAUGAUCAAAUAUAAUUAAUAUCUAUUUAUGCGCAGAAAAGGAGUCGAAUGGAGUAAUGAAAUGGAGACAACAAUAGCUUCCAAAUGGGAGAAAUUGAUGUUGAAUAUUCAAAUGCCGAAAAUAUCGAUUAUCCGCACCUUAAAUGGUACAGAUACUCGUUAAAUAGUAAAAAGAAAUCGCAGCACCAAUUUAUUGCUUUAUACAGUUGAUAUAAAUGAAAUAGUUACAAAUUAUGUAUAUCGUUACAAAAAUAAACAUGUACUCCAUAUUUAUAAAAUAAAGAUCUACAAAAUGUUUUCAAUGUCUUGCUUUUUAGCCGGUCUUGGUCUUUUUGGCUGCUGCUGCUACGGCUGCAUCGGCCGCUUGCUUUUUAACCAACAGUUUUCUUAACUGAAAUAUAAAUAUCAAUGAUAAUUUAGUGCCAGAAAACUCAGUAGCGUGCCAGUGCCAGCCCUGCCCUGCCCUCUGAAUUUUUGUAAACCCUUGACGCUUGUAAAA